UACGUUACUUUUGUUUUUGGUAUAUGUGGACUGUAACUAUUUGACAAAUUCGACUUUUCAAUCAAUGAAAUCCCAAGCCUUUGAUUGCCUAAGUACAGAACCGGAUGCAAGUAUGGGAUACUCUGAAUUUUUUUGCAGUGUCUGUUAUUGAUGUAGAUUUUGGAUUCUCCUUUCCAGAACAGUAUGAAAGGCAGUACAGGGACAGGGACCCUGGACCAAUUUCAAAUGAUAACAACAGAAGUUCUCUUGUUCCUCCACAACCACAAGCUUAUCGUCCAAGUGCACAUGAUCAAGGCUCCGAAACAUUUAAAUCAGCUAACCCUCCACAGAAUGUUGUUGGGCCGUCAUUGACAAGCAAGGAUUCAUUGCUUUUAAAGCAUAAUCGUCCUGCUCAUAGAGAUACAGAGACCCGAUUAAUGAUUUCUAGCAAACCAUCUAGAGAGUUUUCUGUAGAUAUGGAGGAUCUGGACAUCCCAUGGACUGAUCUUGUUUUGAAAGGGAGAAUAGGGUCAGGUUCUUUUGGAACUGUACAUCAAGCUGAGUGGAAUGGCUCGGAGGUUGCUGUGAAAAUUUUGAUGGAACAAGACUUUGCAGGUGAACGCUUCCAGGAAUUCUUGAGGGAGGUUGCAAUAAUGAAAAGCUUACGGCAUCCAAACAUUGUUUUACUUAUGGGUGCAGUCACUAAGCCUCCCAAUUUAUCAAUUGUCACAGAAUACUUGUCCAGGGGUAGCUUGUACAGGCUGUUGCAUAAACCUGGUGCCACAGAAAUGUUGGAUGAGAGACGUAGGAUAAGUAUGGCUUAUGAUGUGGCUAAGGGGAUGAAUUAUCUUCAUAAACGUAAUCCUCCCAUUGUUCACAGAGAUCUGAAAUCUCCAAACCUUCUUGUUGACAAGAAAUAUACAGUGAAGGUUAGUGAUUUUGGGCUUUCCCGACUAAAGGCAAACACAUUUCUCUCAUCCAAGUCAGCUGCUGGGACACCUGAGUGGAUGGCUCCAGAAGUUCUUCGUGAUGAGCCAUCCAAUGAGAAGUCAGAUGUUUACAGCUUUGGUGUCAUCUUGUGGGAGCUUGCAACAUUGCAACAGCCUUGGAGUAAUUUGAAUCCACCACAGGUUGUGGCAGCUGUUGGCUUUAAGGGAAAAAGACUUGAAAUACCACGAGAUUUAAAUCCUCAAAUAGCAUCAAUAAUUGAGGCUUGCUGGGCCAACGAACCCUGGAAACGCCCUUCUUUUUCAAGUAUUAUGGAUUCUUUGAAAGGAUUGAUCAAACCCCCUGUACCUCAACCUGGUCGUCCAAACAUGUCGUUGCUCAUUUGAAUGGUUGGAAUGAUAGUUAUUAUUCAUGCGCACAGGAUUUUGUUAGUUUUGAUGUCUAUCACGAAUACACUAUUUCAAUAGUCCCAGUUACAGAGGCGCAGUUGUACAUUUCUGUUCAAAUUCGGAUUCAGAAUACCCAAUUUCGACACAAAGCCAUACUCCAUCUUUAACGCAGCAAAUAUUAUUUGGUUAUGUACUCCAGUAAUUUUAUGAAUAAAAUGUAUAAUGUUUUCAUCCAUAAAAUUUUGUUUUGUAAAAUUAUUCUCAUUGUAACUAUAUUAGUUAAUGAUAAGCGACUUUAACCGAAUGGGGAGCGUGUUUUUCAUCCCUCUCCCAAUUUCCUUGUCUUUUGGAACUAAAUAAACCAUAUAAAACAGUAG